GUGACCACCCCGUAGUUCUCAAAUGUGGAUCGCUGUCAGGUUACCAUGCAACCUGAUAGACCAUAGGCUGGAUCAUUUGUCUUUUCGCGAGUAAUACAUGCAAUUAGACACGCUAACUUAAUUGUAUUUAUUUCCCUUCUGUAUUUAGUCACGUUUGUGUCCCACACCGAGCUUUUUUUUUCUCGAAUAAAUUAGCUCUCUUACUGCAGACGCUAGUGUGCGGCAGUUAGCUAGCCGUCGUUAAAAAAGCUAAACAUUCCUGUUUUGUCGGGUUAAAAUAAAGUGGCGUUACUGACUGUUACUUUCUGUGACAUACAAACACCGAGCUUCCAGAAUGAAUGUCGCUAAAAGUGGCUACCGUGUGUUUUCUGCAAACUCCUCCGUGGCUUGCACAGAGUUGGCUAAGAAGAUAACAGAGAGGUUGGGUGUUGAGCUGGGAAAAUCUGUCGUCUUUCAGGAAUCUAAUAGAGAGACAAGAGUGGAUGUGAAAGAGUCGGUACGUGGGCAGACCAUCUUCAUUAUCCAAACCAUACCAAGAGAUGUUAACACAGCCAUCAUGGAGCUCCUUGUUAUGGCUUAUGCUCUUAAGACUUCCUGUGCGAAGAACAUCAUUGGAGUUAUUCCUUACUUCCCCUAUAGCAAGCAGUGCAAAAUGAGGAAGAGGGGCUCCAUAGUUUGUAAACUGUUAGCUUCAAUGCUGGCUAAAGCAGGAUUGACACAUAUCAUCACCAUGGAUUUGCAUCAGAAAGAGAUCCAAGGCUUUUUCAGCUUUCCGGUGGAUAAUCUGCGAGCCUCCCCGUUUUUGAUUCAGUACAUACAAGAAGAGAUUCCUGAUUACAGAAAUGCUAUAAUUGUGGCAAAGUCCCCUGCUGCAGCUAAAAGGGCUCAAUCCUUUGCAGAACGUCUCCGACUGGGUCUGGCUGUGAUCCACGGCGAGGCCCAAUGUGCCGAGUCGGACAUGGCCGAUGGAAGACACUCCCCGCCAUGUGUGCGCAACACCACAGGGCACACAGGACUGGAGCUACCUACAGGCAAACAACAAGCUCCGUUCCCUGGCAUAGAGCUUCCAAUAAUGAUGGCCAAAGAGAAACCUCCGAUUACGGUAGUUGGAGAUGUCGGUGGAAGAAUCGCCAUAAUAGUGGAUGACAUUAUAGAUGAUGUAGGAGACUUUGUUGCUGCUGCAGAGAUCCUGAAGGAGAGAGGGGCGUAUAGGAUCUACAUCAUGGCCACCCAUGGUUUGCUUUCUGCAGAUGCUCCUCGUCUCAUAGAGGAAUCACCUAUCAAUGUGGUGGUUGUGACAAACACAGUGCCCCACGAGGUGCAAAAGCUACAGUGUCCAAAAAUCAAGACGGUGGACGUCAGCAUGAUAUUAGCCGAGGCCAUCCGCCGCAUCCACAACGGGGAAUCUAUGGCCUACUUAUUUCGCAAUAUUACAGUGGAUGACUAAGGCGUGUCAGUGACAGACCCCUCUGCACCUUUACUAACAAAACGCUGUUCCUUGUGUUGUUUUUGAAUGACAUGCAUACAUGUAUCCUGAUUCAGUUAAAGAAUUUCUCAAAAAUCGACCAAAUAAUUUGUCUUCUUUCUAAAAUGUGUUUGUUUUUUUGUUCUGUUUCUAAAAAAGAAAAGCCUUCAAAUCCAAGGCAAGCACGCCUCUAAAAGAGCAUAUUUUGAUGUUUUGAAAUGAAAGGCGAGGAUUGUAUGAAGUGGCGUCGUUGCUAGCAGCUGUUCAGAAACAUUGUGUACGGUAAGAUUUCAAUGGAGAAGUGAUUACAAGAUGUGGCCAUCCUAGAAGUAGUGAAACUGAAGACAGGAUGGGAAUCUGUGUUUGACAGAUGAGCGAGGUGCGACACCCGUUUCAGCCCCAUCAGCCUCCUCUGUAAUGUAAAUGAAGUCCGUGCCAAAAUCUUAAGAAGCCAUACAGUGAGACAUAAACGCAUUCGAGUGACAGAUAAUGCGGCUCGUUUCUGUGUGGUGCUUCACCAUACUAUGUUGCAUCAUGCCUUCCAUAGAUCAGUUUUUGCACAAAGGUAAAUCUGUUUAUGGGAGAACAAAGAGGGUAGCGUUUACUUCAAUUAAAAAAAGCAAAAUACACAUAAUUUCAUGUAAAUCCCCCAAAAAUAUCUAUAUAUUUAUAAUCUUAACUUUGGUGAAUAUUUUUUUCAGUUUUUCUUGCUCCAAACUGAAAUACCAGUUGUGUUUUUGUCACACACUACAAAAGUUCAUAUUUUCACAUUGAACUUAAUCUGCAGAGAAUAGAUGGACAUCUGCCUGCUGCUUUUAAAUUUAACAGAGCAUGUUGUGUUUAGCAAGAAAACCAAACAGACACGCCAUUCUUUUUUUUUUUUUUUUUAGUGACUGCUUUUUCAGAUUUUUCCAAAUUAUGUUACCUCAUUAUCUCACAGCACAGAAACCCCCAGGUCAGUUCCUUUUGGCUGUUCAUACAGAAUUGAAUAUUUAAAAAUGGUCCCCUAUUUCACUCGGCAUUAGUUAAACCUAGUACUAUACAAGUAAAUUUUUUUUUUUCUGUGAAAACGUGCCCUGUGAUCCAUUCUUUUUUGGAUUAUUUAUGUACUGAAUUCUAUGUUUUAGGAUGGAGCCACAUUCAUUUCAGAAAUACAGUGAAUUUAGGCAAAAAAACAAAAGAAGUGAAUUUUAGAUGCUGGAGAGCUGUUUCACUUUGCUUACUUUUUGCUCAGGGAAUAUACUUUAGACGCCAAUGCACAUUUAUUUGUUCCUGAGUUUUUCAGGCUGUGUACAUUACCUGCUGCACGUGUUUGAAUAAAAUAAUAGCAUUUGGUGAAAAUGUCUUCCACGCAGCAGCAACGUGAUUUGGCAAUGUGCUUUGAUUAAAAAAAAAAAAAAAAAAGGCUUGAUUGUUAUUUUUUUUCCUUAAAAUAAUAAUAGAAAGAUAUUUGAAAAUGUUAAGCUGGUUUUUGUGUUAGCAUGAAUCUAUGAAGUGACACUCCCAUUUAAGCUCUAACUGCAGAGGUCUUGAAUGCAUUUGGUAACGUCUCGCCUGCAUUUAUGGUCCCAGGUUUCCUCUCCUUAGCCUUCUGUCUGACUUUGUAAAUGUAGAUGAAAAUAAAAUAGCUGCCUCUUU